AUCGGUUCUACUGUUCCCUGUUCCAAAAUCUCACAGGUUUAGCGUACGAGUGCCGGGAAUUUAUCAGCUGAUGCAACGAACUGUGUUCAGCCUCUUUGGAAUGUACCCGCCGGAAACUGGUGGAAGUUAAAUGCCUCUCAUUUUUUGCAGACUUCCAAUCGCACUCCACCACCAAAGGCUCCCCACCGCCGUUGCGUCCGCCACCCGUAAAGUAGUCCCAAUCCACUCUAUGUCCUCCUCGCAAUCCCCUUCUCUAACAGGAGAAUCAGAGCUGCCGGAAUCUAAAGAAGCAUCCGUUGCUCAAGUGUUGAGAUACCACAACCGGACCAAGCACUCCUUCAACAACUACGCCCGCGGCCCUCGCGGCCUAGACUGGGCAAACCAGCCGAACCCUUUCCGCCGCUACGAUUCAUCCCCACUCGUCCCCCUCCUGCAUCCUCCCUCACCUUACCCCAAUGAACCCCCUCUCUACGCCGAGGUCUUCACUUCUCUCCCAUCUCCAAUCUCGGUUUCCCUCUCAACUAUCUCCCGCCUUUUCUACGAUUCUCUCGCACUAUCAGCCUGGAAAACCACCGGGGUUUCCACUUGGUCCCUCCGCGUAAACCCUAGCAGUGGGAACCUGCACCCCACUGAGGCUUAUCUCAUUUCUCCCCCAAUCGAGUCCGUCUGCCCUCACAGUUUUGUCGCGCACUAUGCUCCAAAAGAGCAUUCUCUGGAAAUUAGAGCACAAGUGCCCUUCGAAUCCUUCAGUCAAGUAUUACCCAAGAACUCCUUUCUUGUUGGGUUGUCCUCAAUUUUUUGGAGGGAGGCUUGGAAGUAUGGCGAACGGGCCUUUAGGUACUGUAAUCAUGACGUGGGGCAUGCCAUUGCUGCAGUUGCUAUGGCUGCAGCUGGGCUAGGGUGGGAUGUCAAGGUUCUUGAUGGAUUAGGCUACUCAGAGUUGGAGAAAUUGAUGGGGCUUGAUUGUUUUCCACGGUUCACUAUUCCAGAUACACCAGUGAAAGGGAGGAUGCCUGAAAUUGAAUUUGAGCAUCCCGAUUGUGUUCUAUUGGUUUUCCCCCGUGGAUUGCUUAAAUAUAAUCUGGAUUAUAACAAGUUGGUUUCUGCUGUUUCAGAGUUUUCUAAUGUGGAGUGGAAGGGUAAGCCUAACAUUCUUAGUGAAGAACAUGUUUGUUGGGACAUUAUAUAUAGAACUGCCGAAGCCGUAAAAAAGCCAGUUACAAUGUUGACCGAGUCGAUCAUAGAUCCCUUUCAGAGUAGUGGGGUGCUGAGUGAAAGUUGUUACAUGGGAUUUAGUUUGAGAGAUGUAAUAAGAAAAAGAAGAAGUGCGGUUGAUAUGGAUGGCUGUACUAGUAUAGCAAAAGAAACAUUCUAUCAAAUCUUAUUGCAUUGUAUGCCUUCAGGUUCUGGAGGGGGAGAUAAGCACAGAAGGCAAUUGGCAUUGCCAUUUAGGGCACUUUGUUGGGAAUGUGAAGUGCAUGCAGCUCUUUUUGUCCACAGGGUUGUGGGCUUGCCUAGUGGCAUGUACUUCUUAGUGAGGAAUGAGAAACACUUGGAUGCACUUAGGAAGGCUACUAGGUCAGGAUUCAAAUGGGAGAAACCAGAGGGAUGCCCCAAUGGUCUUCCUCUAUAUGAGCUUGCUAGAGGAGACUGCCAGGAACUCUCAAAACAGCUCUCGUGCCAUCAGGACAUUGCUAGUGAUGGCUGCUUCAGCCUUGGUAUGAUAGCUCACUUUGAGCCCAUUUUGGGGGGAAAGAGACCCUGGAUGUAUCCUCGGUUAUUUUGGGAGACUGGAGUUCUUGGCCAUGUUUUAUACCUUGAGGCCCAUGCAGUUGGCAUUUCUGCUACUGGAAUUGGUUGCUUCUUUGAUGAUCCUGUACAUGAAGUUCUGGGAUUGGACGGACCAGAGUACCAGAGUCUAUAUCAUUUUACAAUUGGAGGUCCGGUAGUCGACAAGCGCAUAAUGAGUUUGCCAGCUUACCCAGGUCCUAAUGUGGAUGUUUGAUGCUCAUGAGCUCUGUUCUCACUGUACACUGUCUGAUCAUGUUCACAUGCUUUUAUCUCGUGGGUAAAUGUUGUCUGUAAUUUCUCUUAUGUUUAAGGUCUUAGAUAGACUUGCCAUUUGUACUCCCCGAUUUGCAUGUGUUUUAAAAUGUUGUCAUAUACUAUGUAUAUGUGAAUAUUAGUGGUAGAGCACCAAGAAAUAAUACUCAUCGUUAUAUUGGACUUUGUCAACUAUAUUAUUUUACUUAUCUUAUUUCACAAUUCAAGCA